AUGGGGAAGGAGAACGACCCAGCGUUCACGGAGGAGCUCGACGUGUCCCGUGGCUCGUCCUACGGCUGGUUCAUCUCCGGCGUGCGCAACCAGCUGGUGCUUCACGCCGGCGCGACGCGCCACCUGGAGCUCGUCCUGCUCCAGCCACAGGAAGAGGACCCCAGGAAGGCACCGUGGUUCCGCGUCGCGCUCCGGUGCAGCUCCUCCGGAGAUUCGGUGCUCCUCCGGGUACGCGCCGACAACCUCUACAUCUCCGGCUACCAGAGCCCCGACGGCCGGUGGUGGGAGUUCCGGGGCGGCUCGGUCAUCCACGCCGCGACGCAGCUCGCCUUCACCGACAGCUACGAGAGCAUGGGGAGAGCGGCCGGGUUAGAGCUGGAGAGUGUCACCCUCAGCAAGAAGGAUCUCGAGGCCGCGGUGGGGCAGCUCGCAGCGGUUGGACGACGAUCCAACGCCGGCGCCGGCGGCAGUAGUCAGCAGGACACCGCGAGAUCGCUCAUGGUCGUCGCGGUGAUGGUGUGCGAGGUCAUCAGCGCCGCACAUGGUCGCCCAGGUGAAGAACUGGAGCAGCCUGUCAGAGUACUGGCUCGCGCCGCCCUCUACGGACAGAAGUUCCUGCCGCUCGUCGGGGCGGCCGAGGGCAGCCAGCAGCUGUGCGACCACAUCCCGCGGCACCUGCUUGCGCCUGUGAAGAUCGACUGCCAGGACCACGCCAUGAUGGCGCUCGGCGUCGCGCUGAACCGGCAGAGGCCGCUGCAAGACAGGCACAGGAAGGCGCUCGACGAGCACUGGCGCGCCGUGCGCGCCCAAGCACGCAAGCUCGACAGGGAGAGGACUUGA